GUCUGAACUCAACCUCUCCAAGAACUCACCUCAGCAAAAGAAAUGGCUGUCUACAACAUCCUCAUCCUCUUUCUGCUACUAAAAUUGCUCCUCCUCUCCAGCUCCUUCUCCCGAUCGACGGCGCAGCCCAGCGCCGGCGAGCAGAAGCUGCUCCUAGCAAUCAAGCAAGAUUGGGACAACCCAGCUCCACUCAGUUCAUGGAGCAGCGCCGGCAACUGGAGUGGUGUUACCUACGACAACGGUACAGGCCAGGUCACUGGUCUCUCCUUGGGAAGUUUUCACAUAGCUAAACCGAUCCCAGCAUCUGUUUGUAGCCUCAAGAACCUGACUUCCAUAGACCUCUCUUACAACAAUCUCACCGGCGAUUUCCCCGUCGCGCUGUACACUUGCUCGAAUCUACGGUUCCUUGACCUAUCGAACAAUAAAUUCACCGGCGUCCUUCCUGAUGACAUUGAUAAGUUAUCCUCUGAAUUGUUGCACCUCAACCUGUCGAGCAAUGCCUUCGUCGGCGAUGUGCCGUCGGCGAUUGCAAGGUUCCCGAGGCUCAUGUCUCUGGUUCUUGACACCAACAGCUUCAAUGGGAGCUACCCAGGUGCUGCCAUUGGAGGCCUUGUGGACCUUGAGACGCUGACGUUGGCUUCCAACCCGUUCAAGCCUGGUCCGAUACCAAAGGAGUUUGGCAAGCUCACAAAGCUGACGCUUUUGUGGCUGUCAUGGAUGAACCUGACUGGUUCCAUCCCCGAUGAACUGUCGCCAUUGACAGAGCUCACAUUGUUGGACCUCUCGCAGAACAAGAUGGAGGGCACAAUCCCGAAAUGGAUAUGGAAGCUGGAGAAGCUCGAGAUGCUGUAUCUCUUCGCAAGCAAUUUCAGCGGCGAGAUUGGCCCUGAAAUCACAGCUCUGAACCUGCAGGAGCUUGACCUGGCCAUGAACAAGCUCACAGGAUCAAUACCACAAGACAUUGCAAAGAUGAAGAACUUGAGAUUACUAAACAUGUACUACAACAAGCUCACCGGAGCCAUCCCGGAAGGCAUCGGUAGGCUCCCAAACCUCGUCGACAUCCGGCUCUUCGACAACAAGCUCUCCGGUCCCCUGCCACCGGAGCUCGGGAAGCACUCCGAUUUGGGCAAUUUGGAGGUGUCCAACAACAACCUCUCCGGCGAGCUUCCCGACACGCUCUGCUUCAACAGGAAGCUCUACGACCUCGUGGUGUUCAACAACAGCUUCUCCGGCGUGUUGCCGGCGAACCUCGGGGAGUGCGCCACCAUCAACAACAUCAUGGCGUACAACAACCACUUCGUCGGGGAUUUCCCGGCGAAGAUAUGGUCGUUUGGAGCGCUCACCAAUGUCAUGAUCGGAAACAACAGCUUCACCGGCGCUCUGCCGAGGGAGAUAUCGCCGAACAUCACGAGGAUCGAGAUGGGGAACAACAUGUUCUCCGGUGCCGUGCCGUCCGUCGCCGUCGCGCUGAAGAACUUCAGGGCGGAGCACAACCAGUUCGCCGGAGCUCUACCGGAUGACAUGUCCGGGCUCGGUAACCUCACCGAGCUGGACCUCGCCGGAAACCGGUUGUCCGGCUCGAUUCCGGCGUCGAUCGCGUCGCUGACGAGGCUGACCUCGCUCAACCUCAGCGGCAACCUGAUCUCCGGCGAGAUCCCGGCUGCUCUCGGGUGGAUGGACCUCAACAUGCUUGACCUGUCCAACAACGACCUCGUCGGCGACAUACCUCAGGAGUUCAACCAUAUGCACCUCAACUUCCUCGAUCUUUCUUCCAACCAGCUCUCCGGCGAGGUCCCGGAGGCGCUGCAGAACGGAGCUUACGAGCGCAGCUUCCUCAAGAACCGCGGCCUGUGCGCCUCGUCGAACGUGAACAAGAUCCUGAGCAUUCCAUCGUGCGGCGAUGUCGAUGGAGCCCGGAACAAGCUGACAAUGAUCCUAAUCACCGUCUUCUCGGUGCUCGCCGGCGUCACGUUCGUCAGCGCCGUCGCCAUCUGGUUGCUCAUCCUCCGGCACCAGAAGCGCCGGCAAGACCUCGCCGGGUGGAAGAUGACGGCGUUCCGUUCGCUGGAGUUCUCGGAGUGCGACGUGCUGCGCGGUAUCCGCGAGGAGAACGUGAUCGGCAGCGGCGGCUCCGGCAAGGUGUACCGCAUCAACGUCGGAGGCAAGGGCGGCGGCAGCGCCGGCAAGGUGGUGGCGGUGAAGCGGCUGUGGAGGUCGGCCAAGUCGGACGCGAAGACGGACAAGGAGUUCGACGCCGAGGUCAGGAUCCUCGGCGAGGCCCGGCACAACAACAUCGUCAACCUCCUCUGCUGCAUCUCCGGCGACGACGCCAAGCUGCUCGUCUACGAGUACAUGGAGAACGGCAGCCUCGACCGGUGGCUGCACCACCGCGACCGCGCCGCCGCGCCGGCGCCGCUCAGCUGGCCGACGCGGCUCGCCAUCGCCGUCGACGCCGCGAGGGGGCUCUGCUACAUGCACCACGAGUGCGCGCAGCCGAUCGUGCACCGCGACGUCAAGUCGAGCAACAUCCUGCUCGACCCCGGCUUCCGCGCCAAGAUCGCCGACUUUGGCCUCGCCCGGAUCCUCGUCAAGUCCGGCGAGCCCGAGUCCGUCUCCGCCAUCGGCGGCACCUUCGGCUACAUGGCUCCAGAGUACGGGAGCAGAGCGAAGGUGAACGAGAAGGUGGACGUGUACAGCUUCGGCGUCGUGCUGCUGGAGCUGGCGACCGGCAGGGUGGCGAACGACGGCGGCGCCGACCACUGCCUGGCGGAGUGGGCGUGGCGGCGGUACAAGGCCGGCGGCGCGCUGCACAACGUUGUCGACGGGAGCAUCCUGCAGGACAGGGCGGCGUUCCUCGAGGACGCCGUGGCGGUGUUCCUCCUCGGGGUGAUCUGCACCGGCGAGGACCCGGCGACGCGGCCGUCGAUGAAGGAGGUGCUCGAGCAGCUCGUCCAGUACGACCGAACGUCCAGCGUGGCCACCGCGUGCCGUGACGACUCCGGCGGCGUGACGUUCUCCAAGGCGAAGAAGGACGGCCAGGGGAAGAGCUCGAGCUCGUCGGCGGGAGCGACCGGAAAAGUGUGGGGCGCCGGCGCCGUCGACGGCGACGAGGACAGCUGCAGCUUUGUAGCUCAUCCGGUUUAAAGGUGACGUGGCACCUGGCAUGAGCCCUUGUAAAUUACUGUAUAAUUUGCUACGAACUUUACUUUAGUUAAUCAACAUGUCGUCUGUGACCAUACUUGUGUCCAAUUGCCGAAGGCCUGGGAGGACAAACAAAUUUGGUUUGAAAAAUUUGGCUGUUUAAGUUAUGUUGACUUGUAGAGUUGAGUGGUUCAAAACUGAAAUAAAUUGACAUGUUUCAAAAAUGUAAAUUUGAUUAAGCCGUGGG